AUGCAGGUCCCAGAGAAUCAGAGAUUGCCUGCUGGCCGAUGGGUUCAGUCGUUUUGCAAAGCAUAUGGUUUGAAGGACCAUCGCCGUCAUGGAGAGGCUGGGUCGGUUGAUCUUGAAGCUGUGGAACGGGAACGUGCUCGCAUCUCUGCGUUAUGCAAGAAGUAUCAUCCGAGGGACAUCCUCAAUUUUGAUGAGACAGCAUUCUUUCCGUUUGCACCACCCGACCGUGGCCUAUCCACUGCCCAAAUGAGUGGCAAAAAGAAGGACAAAUUCCGCAUCACACUUGGUUUUCUCUGCAAUGCGCUCGGAACGGAGAAAUUUCCCAUCUUCUUUAUCGGUCGGUACAAGAACCCUCGCUGCUUCAAGCACAGGGACCCGCAGUCACUCGGUCUUUAUUAUCGGCACAAUAAGAAGGCAUGGAUGAAGGCAGACUUAUUUGAUGAGUUUAUUCGUGGUCUUGAUCAGGAUAUGAAGAAUCAAAACCGUGAAGUCCUUCUCUUGAUCGACAACUUCUCUGGGCACACCAUUCCAUACGUUCCUCAUAACAUCCGACUAGAACCAUUCGAGCCGAACAUGACAUCUCACGUUCAGCCUCUCGACGCAGGCAUCAUCCGGUGUUUCAAGGCUCAUUAUCGCCGCCAGCUAUGCACACGGGCAAUCGAGUUGGAUGAAGCGGGUGCGGAGGAUAUCUACAAGAUUGAUAUUCUUGAAGCGAUGCGGAUGGCAAACAAGGCAUGGGACGCUGUGUCGGAGCUGACAAUUAAGCAUUGCUGGGAUCAUACAAAGAUUCUAUCGUACGCAACUUUAUUUAUUUAUUCAUUGCAUUAG